AUGAGUGACACGGCGGGAAAUAUCAAAGUCUGCGACGACAAGUGUGGAUGUACCUUGCCAUGCCCUGGUGGCCUGGCUUGCAGGUGUACACCAGGAGAGACGGUAAGUACUGGGAGUAGUGGAGAUGACCAUAUUAAGUGCUCGUGCGGACAGCACUGCGGCUGCAACCCAUGCACUUGCGCUAGGAGCGUUGUCUCCACUGGAGUUGGCAAGGCCUACUGCAAGUGCGGUGAAGGUUGCACUUGUGUCACCUGCACCUCAUGAAGUGUAUGGUUUAUGCUUUCAUGAAGAUAUAUAGAGUGUUGUACGAACAUAUAACAUGUAUAUCAUAUGUAUAGGCUUGUCUAGUUAGUAUGGCUCAUUAUCUAGUUAUCCUGCAUCGAUAUCAUGUUAUGUUCUAAUAACUAAAUAAAGAAAAUAUGUUUAUGGGGUC